UGGAGCAUUUGUAGCGCUAGUGGACCGCUUCUUAUACAUUGUGCUUUGAAUGCUCCUGAUUCCCUUCACGCAGUACAUUCCUGCAUAUGGUGGAAAUGUUUCAUUUGUUAAGAACCCCGAGACGUUUCCAAUGUGGCAGAAACUGUAUAAUGUUCUAACAUUACCAAUGGAGACUAAAGUGACCAGUAAAACCAGCAGCCUGAAGGCUCUGCUGCUACGAGCAUGGCGAGAGCGCUGGACCGAUUUAAAGUGGGGUAUUAAUAUCAAAACGAUUCUUCCGAGAGGAGUGAGCGGUGAUGUAUAUAAUUUAGCAGACUGUAUAUUGCAACAAGCGUUAGUAGGACUAGGACCCAAUCAAUUAGUGCUGUCGUAUCUAAAACAUUCGUUAAGUUCACAGUUGGUAUCGUACGCGGCAGUAUUACAGCGAAUAAGCAAGUACGACGCUUUCCACAAGCCCCACUGCAUCGUCAGUCUACUGGAGUUCUUGGAGUCCAUACAAGUCGGCAUCACGUGUCGCGGCAAGCCAGAGGAGGAUCUCCUAGCCGCGGCGGUGCUGUCCAUUGUUCAUUGGUUGUUGCAAUGUUACUUGCACACACUGACGAAGGCACCUCAGAGCAACCCGCUUGCUCCGCAUCCCAGUGAGCUUAUCGACAAACCCGCCAGUAUUUUACAGCAGAUGCUGAAUUCGGACUUCCUGUGCGCGAUGAUGUAUCUGGCCAAGUACGACGACAAAGACUUGUACGUAGAAGUAGUGAAGAAAUGCCAAGAGAUAGAGACACUGUUGAAGACGAGCACCCAGAAGUCCGUGGUGCCGAUAGAGGAUUCCCUGAAGAAGCUGUGCAAUCUCGAGAUCGAGACUUUCUGCCCCGAGAAAACUAAAAUGGAGUCCAUCACCCAUUGUCUGCAGCCGCUCUUCGCCGUUCAGGUGUUACUGAAUCCCAGCACCGAAACGACCGUGUUCGUUAACCAACUGCUGAUGGUGCAACGACUGAAGAGCUACACGAACGCGCGGCUCUAUUGCGAGAUCAUUCGCGCCUGCUUCAUGUGCCUGCACAACGUAACGGGAACAUUCAAGGAGUCGCAGUGGGGAACCUUUACGUUUCUCAAGGUGCCUCUCAUACUCAAGGAGUUGCACGCGGCUAGUCUGAGUGCUGACGAGAAAUUCGAGUACUCGCAAGAUAUUCUGGACGCGUUUGAGCUGCUGCUCCAGUUCACGCCUCUGCUCGACAUUAUGGACACUACGUGCUCGUGCAAUUGCGUGGAGUGCCUGUUGGACGAGUUGCAGAAGGUGAACCUCGUCACGGAGAAGCAGGCGAAGCAAAUAAGCAGUAGGAGGGAGGGAGCGACACCAGCUUUGCAAAGGUCAGAACUCUCGAGCACUCCGACGUCGUCGAUCCCGAAAGUCAUUACACGCGCGGAACCAACACUGGCUGGGAUCUUGAAGACGUUGAAUGCCGAUUACUCAAAGAUCCAAGAGCCUUUGCUGAAGAUACUGUAUCAAGUCCUCACGGGAAACAGCUUCGAGUUAAUGCUGGCGGUAGCAACCGCGGAGGGAAAGUUGAAGACCUUCGUUACCAAGCUCAUCAAGUUCAACGAGUGUAGUAAGCAGAUCAACGAACCAGUGCCUGAUAAAACGGCGGCAACGAGGGCAAUGUUGUUCGACGUAUCGUUCCUGAUGCUGUGUUCUAUCGUACAAACCUACGGCUCCGACGUUGUUCUGGAGGAAGGCGGAGACUCGUUCUUCGAGCAGUGGGUGCGCGAAUGCAUGCCGGAACGGAACAAACCCAAAUCACCGCAGAGAAUGUUGCAUAGCCUCGAUCCGGCACGCGUGGACGCUCUGCUGGCACAGAUCAACUCGCCGGAUCCCGACUUCAAGUCGAGCAACCUGAAAUGGCACGUGAUGUGCCAAUCGGCGAUGGGCGCGGUGAAGGAGCUGCUCUUCGCAUGGGAGAGCGGUGUGUUAGGCGCGGGCGAUGUUAAACGGGCGCUGGAUGGCUUGCGUGCAGCAGCGUGUUGCCUGCCAGUCUGCGCUGCCGCCUGGCUGUGCGCAUACAUGAGCAUCACGCAUCAAGACGCUCUGCUGAAGCCGAUGAACAUGGUCCAGCACUUCCUGACGCCAUUACCCGGCGACGAGAUGCCGAAUAAUCUUAAAGAGAGGUCCAGUCUGAUGUUCCAGAUUAUUCGGAAGAUGCAAUACAACGUACAUCCGCCUACGCAGUCGAAAACGAAGGUGUUCUCGAUGUCGCACAGUAUUAUAUCGCGGCAGCCAAUACUGGAGCAGCUGGAGUCUGUCUGGCAAAACAUAAAUCAACGUGGAUGGAUCAACAUACAGGCCACGCAAUCGUUGGAGUCUUUAUUGAAUACUGGCGGCUCAUUGUGGUUCGUGACGAACAUAGUCAAGGAGGUGCUAAAAUAUCGCUACCAAGAGGAACUGGAUCAAGCUGUGGACCUGGCUUUCGCCGUUUUCCAUCUCGACAUAGAGAACUGCACUAUAGAUCUCAUCAAUCAUAUAAUACCGCAAUAUCUACACAACUCAUUGCAGAGCGAUGAAUUGGUGGAACCACAAUCGUCUAUCUUGGCGAAAUUGUGCGUGUACUGCAUAUUCUCCACUCUCGAGUACAACAACUCGAAUCCGUAUCGCGGGAACAACCGCAAGCGCGUGCGACGCGAUUUGGACGUUGACGAGUUGGACGCGCUCGGUGUUCCGAACAAACUUCUGCGACUGAACGAGACGAGUGAUAGCGUUCCCUUGUUCGGCUCGCAAAGCCCUCAAGCGCAGGGUUCGAGCAACGGACAGAUGUCGGUGGUCCUAAGAGAUCCUCUGAUGACAGCGUUGAACAAUCUGUUCACCAUAUUCGCCCUACUCGCCGGUAGGGACGGCGAGGUGUCCCAGCAGACACACUUCAUACUCCAGUUCUUGCGACUCAUGGUGCAGUGCGGGAAGGACAGAACUCGUAUCGUGCUGCAAGGAAUGCCGCAAACGCUGGUGCCCUGUCUUCUCAAAGCGUUACCCGAACUGUUCACCACUGAUAUACUGCUAAGGUUGUACGACAUACAAUCUGCGACCGGGCGCAAGACAACUGCGCGGGACUUGUGCAUGCUGCGGAAUAUUAAUCUGAAACCGACUAAGUAACAACGCGAGCGUGACGCGGAGCAUAACGUCGUUUCGCACACGCACUCCGUUAUUUCCGAAUGAACGUACUGUAGAUAUACGCACAAAAUUAUUUAUAAUAAUAUAUACAUAUGCGAAACUAUGGAACGAACUUUCAGUAUGCACUGCUAUAUUAGCAGGACAGCUGUUGCUCGAUUUAGUUAGAAGCACCUUAAAUGCCUCAACAGUAAUAUUGAAGCUGGUAUGAAUGUGACAAUAUUUUGUGUCAAUACAUGUCUGUUAAAUCUUUCAAUUUAUCAGACUGAUACUCCCGACAUAAACAUCGUUCGAAAAUUGUGUGAAAAGUUAAUUACAUUAUUAUUUGACGGUUUAUCAUACCUGUUAAUUCGCGGGAUUAAAGAUACAGUACAAUAUGUUUAUAAUUUAUGCAAUCUACUUUAAACUCUGCGAAUACUUGUCACGUGUUUAUGUAUAAAACUAGUUGUAUGUAUUUGUCAAAGAAGACGUGCCAAGUAAAUUUUGCAGUGGAACUAUUUGAAGUAUCUAACGUACAUAGAGAUAUAAUGUCGUAGUGUGCAGAGUAUGCCUCUGCAUUAAGGAAUUACUGGAAUUUUUUAAGACUUAUAUUUUUGUAAAUAAAGACUGUUUUUACGACCACAGGAA